AUGGCUUUUGGAGUGUUAGCUUGCUUCUCAACGACUUUCUGGCUUGCUGUGAGCUCCUUUUGGGUUUUCAACAUGUUGGGAGCAGCUCUGCUGCCCGGAGCCUUCGGCCUCAUGCUGGCCGCGGUGCGGCCAGAGCGGACCUCGGCGGCAUCUGCAAUCGCCCAAAUCCCAAUCAACCUCUUGGGUAUGGCAGGAGGAGCCUAUAUCCCUGGUUGGCUGACUGGGUGCAAUCAAGAGGAGCUUCCGGAUGUACCGUUCUGUGAUGCAGAUUGUGACUAUGCACUGGGGCUUCGAUCCCUUCUGCUCGGUCCCAUCUUCGGCUUUUUGGCUCUAAUGCUGGCUCUUUGCCUCUACUCUUCGGAUGGCGAAGAGGUGGUGGAACAGUCCGAGAACCAGGAGCUCAGCAUCCAGACACCGAAACGCCGCACAACUGGUGUCAACACCCUUGUCCUUGGGAUCAUUGACCAGCUGGACGGCAAAGCUGGUACCAUGGUUCUUCGCAUGGAUGAGGAGAUAUCUCUCCCAAAGCUCUUGGCUCGCGCGGCCGAAUGCACUGGCAAUCCAACCCGUCGUCUGUUUUCAGAGGACGGGCAAGAGAUUCUAGGGCUCAAGGACGUGCAGAGCAUCUACGACAGAAGCCUACAGGAGGGAGGUCAGAAGAAGGCCAAGGUAAGCUCUGAGAACCCGGGGCUCUCGAUCGACCUUGAGCUUGUCAGCACUGACGGUAGCAACUUCAAGUGGAAGUGGGGCAGCAACCAUGCUCACUACCGCUUUGGAGAUCUCCUUAUUCGUCCCCUCUGGCGCAGCCUGGCCGGCUCCCGUGCAGCAAGGGCUGUGGUGCACCCUCCGCAGCCGAUCCCGCUGCCAACAUCGGGCAAUCUGAAAGACUGCCUUCCAGACCUGUGGAUUCAGUGCUUUCCCUUGUGCGAGAGGUAUGGACCUUUGAUCAAGUUGCGGAUCUUCGAUGAUGUAGUGUAUGUUGUUGCAGAUCCGGAGAUCGUUGACAUUGUGAACCAGAUCCCGGACAAGCGACUUCCCCGAGAGGUCGCUCGGACGAACGAUGAGUCACGAUGA